CGCCCCGCCCCGCAGCGCCAGGAAGCGGCCGGAGGCGCCUGGGGCCAUGGACGGCGCCGCCAUGGACGGGGCUGCCAUGGAGGGACCACUCUUCGUUCAGAGUCAGCGCUUCGGGGCCAAGAAGUGGAAGAAGACCUGGGCAGUGUUGUACCCUUCCAGCCCCAAUGGCGUGGCCCGGCUGGAGUUCUUUGAGCACAAAGGGUCAGGCUCUGGCAGCGGGUGGGGAGGCUCUCGACGCCUAGACUGCCGAGUGAUUCGCUUGUCAGAUUGUGUGAGCGUGGCCCCUGUGGCCUUAGACAGUCCCCCGGUACCUGGCACCUCAGCUUUCCGACUGGACACUGCUCAGCGGUCUCACCUCCUGGCGGCCGAGGGCCCUGCCAGCGUGGCCUGGGUGCAGAUACUCUGCCAGACUGCCUUUCCGAAAGGCUGCUGGUCUCUGGCUCCCGGAGAGGGCUCUUCCGGGCCCUCCUCGAUAGAGAUGCAGGAGAACUCCUUGUACAGCCCCCAUGGGCAAGGGUCCGAGUUCUGGGUGACAAUACAGAAAACAGAGGCGUCUGAGCAUUGCGGGUUGCAGGGACACUAUGUGCUCAGGGUGGAGGACAAUGGGCUGAGUCUCCUGGCGCUGGGGGGGCAGGGUCAGAAGAAGGAGCCCCUGCUCUCCUGGUCCUACACUCUUCUCCGUCGCUAUGGCCGGGAUCGGGCCAUGUUCUCCUUCGAGGCUGGAAGGAGGUGUCCCUCGGGCCCUGGGACCUUCACUUUCCAGACCUCACAGGGGAAUGACAUCUUCCAGGCUGUGGAGGCCGCCAUCCAAAGGCAAAAGGCUCAAGUUGGCAUCGGCAGCAGCCCCGGCCCAGGCCAGGAUCAGCAGUGCCCUGGCUCGUCCGAGGCUGGGACAGCAGGGGCUGGGAAGGUGCCCGCCGCGCCCCGCAGCCCGGAAGAUUCCCAAGCUGAUGGCCCCGCCCUGUACUCAGAGCCCUUGGACGCCCUUCGGCCCCUGCCUCCUCCCUCUCCUGAUGCCCUGUACUCAGAUCCCAUAGACAGUUCAGGCCAGAGGACGGGACAUGGGACCGGUGUCCAGCUCUACUGGGGCUUGUAUGAACAAGUGCAGCAGCAGCUUAAAGAUACAAAGCUAGGAGGAGCCAAGAAGGAGCCCAUUUAUGAUGAGCCUGAGGGCCAGAGCCCAGCCCCACCUGCAGGCCUUUAUGACAAGCCCCAGGAACCCAAGGAUGCCUGGUGCCAGCGAGCUCGGGGGCAGGAUGAGGGCUACGAGCUUCCCUAUAAUCCCGACACAGAUGACUAUGCUGUGCCUCCUCCAAGGAACCUCAAACCCAUCCCACCCCCCAAACCCCAGCUGCUCCCCAGCGGCAGCCCAGGACUCCCGCUAUACAGCAGGGUCUUCAAGGGCGCUGCCGCCAAGGGCUGGGGCCAGGGCGUGCCUGAAGGUGGAUCUCAAGCCAGGACCGGGAUGAGAUCAGAAGGACCCAUGUGAAAAAGUCCUAGUUGGGGGCUGGAGGGCCUAAAUUGGUGCUCAGAGGACAUCUGUAUGAACUGGAGAGGGGAGCGAUCCCUCAGGACAGAGGGCUGGCCUAAAUGGGGGGUACGUGGUACCAGUGAAGCAAGGUUCGUGGUACGUGGUACCAGAGAAGCAGAGGCUCGGGAUUGCCGGGGAUUAGCAAAGAACCAGAAUUUGUGGCCGAGUGACAGGGCUUGGGUCUAAGUGACGGCAUCUGGAGCAGGUCAGGGGCCGGGGAAAGAGGCCCAAGUUGGGGCCGAACCCUGCUAUGACCCCUGACUAGUUGUGGGGGAAGGUGUGGGCUGGGGGUGGUCUGGACCCAGUCUCAUCUCCCAACCCUGGGCUGCUCUAUGCCAGGACACUCAAACUCAUUAAAAUGAUUUGGGGCCA